AUGACUGGUGUUCCUCAGGGCUCAGUAUUGGGAUCACCUCUGUAUGACAUCUUUACCUGUGGUCUUGAUGAGAAGACAGAGUACACCCUCAGUAAAUUUGCAGACGACACCAAGUUGAGUGACAGUGUUGACCUGCUUGAGGCAAAGACCCAUGACAUCCAGGUCACAGACGUCACCGAGAACAGUGCCAGGCUGCGCUGGGCCAGCCCAGAGGCCCACAGCACCUACACUUUUGAUCUCACCGUCACCUUAGCACAUGACCACUCUCUUGUGCAGAAGCAAAACCUGACUGGCACUGAGCAUGUCAUCCAAGGACUCAGAAGUGGGCAGAAAUACUCCGUGGUCAUUACCGGCUACCAGAAAUCCCAACCCAAAGUAACCUACGCAGGGACAUUCAGCACAAAGACCCCAGUGCAGCCCAAGAUGUCCCUGGCCAACAUGAUGCUCAACACUGAGCCGCUGGAAGGGCCCGAGAGUGAUUGGCCAGACCCUUGCUUGCUGGACUUUGACAUGGGCAUGCAGUGCAAGGACUAUCAGAUUGUGUGGUUCUUUGACUACAAAAACAAGAUCUGCAGCCAGGGUUGGUAUGGUGGCUGCGAUGGUAAUGCCAAUAGAUUUGAGGCCGAAGUCGAGUGUAUUAGCAAAUGCUUAAAACCAUUCACAGAUAUCUGUCAGGUGCAAAAAGAUGAGGGGACCUGCAGGGACUUUGUGCUGAAAUGGUACUAUGACCCCAAGACCAAGAGCUGCGCCCGGUUCUGGUACGGCGGCUGUGGAGGCAAUGAGAACAGAUUCAACACGCAGAAAGAAUGUGAAAAAGUUUGCGUCCCGGGUAACAUCAGCCCUAACGUGGUGAUGACGCUAGGAACAUAGAGCCAGAGAUCAACAUAUACCUCUGAGACAGCCAGGAGCAUCAGCCAUUGCCACCUUACUCCUAUAGAAGCUAAGGGUAUAGACUACCUUGCACUGUACUAUUUCAUGCUUUUAACUUC